UACCGUACACAUAAUCGUCUGAAUUAUUUGAUUCUGAUUACAUUAAUAGUCACGAAUAUUUUCGCGUCUUCGCUUAUUGCGUCUUUGCUUGGGAUGAUAAAAAAGGAUUUCCGAAAGAUACGAUUAAUGAUCUAGAAAAAUUAACUUUUCGCGUAUCUGAGUGUAAUGUGUCUUCGCUGCUGCUGUCGUCACGUCACGAAAAAAAAAACACGAGGCAUUCGGACCCGCACGAUUCUGAAAAAAAAACCUUCGUAAUUAAGCCAGAAAACCCAUAAUUGGUAAGAAAGGGAAUUAAAAAUAAUCUCACCAAGGCCGACAACAACUUAAGCGGUGAAGCUCGACGAAGUAUCAAAAACAAAUUCUUUAUUCGACCGGACAUACACGGGAACAGUUCCAGCGCUAAACCGCUGGGCCGGGACCCAACACAACUUCGUCAACAGCAGCAGCGGUAAACAUAAUUCUGGUGAGAAAAAUACUUGUUCAGUUCCUCCCCACGAUUGCGAGCAGCUACCGAUCAUAUCGCCAUCACCACCGUCUCAGUGGCAACAGCAGCACCACCAAAUACAACAUUCGUCGGAAGCGUUCCUUCGCACCACAACCCGUUUUCCGGUGGAAGAUAAAUGAACUUCCGGCAUACCAUCGUGGCCAGUGCAAACAGCCGGACGAAAUUGUGCGGCUGAAACGGCUCUAACUGGAACGAAAAGCAGGCAGGCAGUAGAUAAUAACUUUGGCAAAAUGAAAACACCACUCGUCCAUCUUCCACCACCAUCACCAGAGACAGAAACCAUCAGCAGAGCAGUAGCUACAAUUUCUAUCAUCACUGCAAAAAAGCGAACGCAGUUUACCGCACCAGGCGUGGAAGUGGCUAAGGCAGCGGUCACGAUGGCUGGUUUGUUGACCAAAACGGUUACGAACUUCGGUUACAAAUCACGAUUUGGCGAGGAAGUUAGCGGUUACGCAGUUUAUUUCUACGGCUAAUGGUCGGAAUCCAGCUAGCAUCAAAAAUCACAGGGCCACGCAGCUAUGAAGGUUUAGCCAUAAACAUAAUGUCAACAGGCGUAGCCACAACAAUCACCAACAGUAGCGGCAAUGUGUGGUGGAAAUAUCAUCAUAUUACUUGUCCAGUUCUUCCUAUUGCGACUACAGGCAAAGCCGUCACUGAUUGUAUCACCAUCACCACCACCAGCGGCAACAGCAGCACCACCAAAUCCAACAGUAGACAUCCGCCGAAAGCGUUUCUCGCCUCACCCCGGCAGUCUUUUUUUUUUCUUCUCAAACGGCGGAAGAGCUCCAGGCGGCGGAAAUGGCUCAGUUUUCGAACUGGAUGCGAAAGACAAAAAAAAGGUUCAUUAAAUCGGCAAGGAAUCCAGAGCAGCUCAAAAAUUAGGAAACCGACACCUUGAAAAACUCAACGAACACAUGGUUCCGGUAAUGUUUCAAACAUCAAUUACUUCGAUUGAGCUCGAUCUUGUCCAAGGCUAUCCACCGUUGGAUGCCGUAAUUGAAGCAACGAGGUGUUGCUGAAGAAAAUGGAAUGACUGAAUCGAGCAUUACUUCAACCAGAAUGGCGAUAACGAACCUUGCCUAGAUAAGGUCAUGGGAUUUUUCUAUAUAGGACUGUUAUUGUUACUACAGUAGUGCCCGAACGUGAAGAAAGUCAUAUCUAGUCUUAAUUCUGCACAUUUCAGAAGAUUUUUUUUUUUCAUAUUUAUAAUUAUUAAGGUAUUUUACUUUGAAAGCUUCAUUUUGCCGAAAGUAUCCAUUUCAUUAUACUAUGUUAGUAAAAGCACAAAGAACAGACGUACAAGCUCGAACAAAAAAUCUUAAAAAAAGUGUGUAAAAUUUCAAAUGAAGACAUCCAAAAAAUAUGUUGAAAAUUGAGUUUAAACAGUGGCACCUAUUGCGCCGUUCAAAAGUUACAAAUCAAAUGUUCAAUUGUACAGUUUUCGAAAAGGCGUAACCGUGUAUAUGAACUCAUAAUUAAACUAAUGCCGCUGGAAAUUUUACACAAGUUUCGUGGGCUAGCUUGUACGUCUGUUCUCUGUGGUAAAAGGGAGGAGCCAUUAUAGUCUUGGUAAACAACUUUUAGGAAAGGAAAAGGGAAUCCAAGAUCUGUUUUCCAUCAGGGUUUCAGAAGAUCUAAAUCAAUAUAGUUUUAUAAUAAUAAUACCAUUAUUACCUUAAAAUUCAAGAAAUGUAGCUACAAAGAUAUGCUUGUUAGUAAAAUUGCAAAAUGUGCCGAAUUUGAACCAGUAAAGAGUUAGGACCUGGUAACGGUAAAAUAAUGUAACUAUCAAAUGCCAUAG